AUGGCCACUCGUAUUCUCCGUUCCAUUCCCAAUGGCCGCCUUCUAUCGCGGCGCGCCUUCUCCAGUACUGCCGCCUCCAGGGCCGACGUCACACAUGCGGUUAUAGGCGCAGGGGUCGUCGGACUGGCAGUUGCGCGCCAACUAGCCAUGAAAGAGGGCACAUCGACGAUUCUACUAGAGAGACAUGACGCGCCGGGGACGGAGACGAGUAGUCGCAAUUCAGAGGUCAUCCAUGCAGGCCUCUACUACGGCGCCGACACCCUGAAAACCUCCCUCUGCAUCAAGGGCAAAGAGCUCCUGUACGCACUCUGCGCCCAACACAACAUCCCACACCGCAACACCAAAAAAUGGAUCGUCGCCCAAACCCCAGAACAAUGGGAAGCCUGUCUGCGCGUGCACGAACACGCCAAACGCAUCGGCGUCCCCACACGCAUCCUGGGCCAGGAAGAAGCACAGCGGCGCGAACCCGAAGUGCGCGCCCUGGCUGGCAUCGUGGAGAGCCCGACAACCGGCAUCAUCGACAGCCAUUCCUUAAUGACCUAUCUACAAGGAGAUUUCGAAGAUCGCGGCGGAGACUGUGCGUUCAUGACACAGGUGACGGGCAUUGAACCCCUCCCUGCUAGUGAGGGCGGCGGAUACCGGAUCAGCGCUGUGUCAGCGGACGGGAGCGAGACGACCAUCACAGCGGAGACGGUGAUCAACAGUGCAGGCAAUGGGGCCUGUGCGAUCAAUAACAUGGUGAUGCCGGCUGAGCGGCAUCGAAAAGCUUAUUUCGCCAAGGGGACGUACUUCUCUUACUCGGCUUCCACGCCGAAGACCUCGGUGCUGGUGUAUCCGACUACGUUGCCGGGGACGGGCGGGCUAGGGACCCAUUUGACCCUUGAUAUGGGCGGUAGGAUCCGGUUUGGGCCGGAUGUCGAGUGGGUGGAGGAUCCAAGUGAUUUGAGGCCCAGUCCGGCAAGGUUGCAGCAGGCGUUGCCGGAGAUUAGGGCGUAUUUGCCUAAUGUGGAUGUUGAGGCGAUCGCUUUGGAUUAUUGUGGGAUUCGGCCUAAGUUGGGGAAGGGAGGGGCGGUGAAUACGGGGAAAGGGUUUCAGGAUUUUGUGAUUCAGGAGGAGGAAGGGUUUCCUGGGUUUGUGAAUUUGUUGGGCAUUGAGAGUCCUGGGUUGACGAGUUGUUUGGCCAUUGGGGAGAGGGUGAGGGAUAUUUUGUAUGCUUAG